AAAAAAUUAUGCUAGUGUUAGUUGGUUGGCUCUUUAUAUUAAAAGAUACCUUUGGUGAUAAACACAAGCACUAGCAACAUCACCACUUAAAUACCACUAUUAUCAAUCAAGUCUCAUAAAUAGAGGUUGUUGACACUUUCAAUCAAUAUACUCAAUUUCUUCUUCAAACUUCAUCACAUAAAAAAAAAUAUCCUUCAAGUUAAUUAAUCAAGAGUGAGUGAGAGAGAAGAUAAAUUAAUCUUGAUAGGAUGAAGAAGAGUUCUAAGGUGGCAGAUGAGAACAUGUAUGAAGGAGGAGAAAGGGGGGUUGAAGUAGCAAUAUUUGGAGGUGAAGGUGAAAGAGGAAGAAGACAACAUGGGUGGAGUGUUAUUUUUGCUAUUCUUCAAGCUCCAAUUUCUAUACUAUCAUGUGUUUCUAAUCCUCGUGUUAAUGGUUCUGAUGGCGUUUGGACUUCUGGUGAAUUUGCACAAAUUUCUGAGAUCAAUCAUAUUAUGGUAAAUGAUAGUAUGAGAUAUGCAAUUUUGAUGUAGAAAAAAAUGUAAACAUUUAUUUAAUAUGUUGUCAUCUAGAGUAACUUCUCUUAUUUCAAUUUAAUUUUAUUAUAUUAUUAUAUUGUUAUAUUAUAUAUAUUUAUACUCCACUGGAUCAUAUUACAUUAGAUUAUUAAACGGUUUAGCCAAAAAGAUCUUUGUUUUAUAUUGGUUCUAUUAUUGGGAUGGUAUAAAUUUAAUGUUUGCUUAAACUUUUUACAUGUUAAGCAAACUGUUUAUUAUUAUCUAAAUAUGUUGUUUAUAACUUAGAUUGUAUGUGGAUUGAAGAGAGACCACGUUGUAUUUUUGUAAUCCUUGCUUACAUUUAUUGUUUGACUUUUAUUUAUUAAUAAAAUUAUACUUGACUUAAAAAAAUAAGUCAUGAAAUUGCAAUUAUUUGUCAUUUUGUUCUUAACUUUACUUUUUUUUCCCUCAACUUUAUCAUUCUUUUUGUAUUAAUCCCUAUAUUUAAAUACUUAUAAUAUACACUACAAGAAAACUGCCCAUUAGAAAACUUUCUAAUAACUAUUUUUACCAUGCCAUUCGACUUAAUAAAUUUUUUUCAUGACAUUUGAUCCUUUUAUUUUUUUAAAUGAUAAUUUUAUAGCAAGGUUUUGGGAAUCAAUAAUUGAAUGGUUAGGAUUCUAAAGUGUUAUGUCGAAUGAAUUGGGCGAUCAAGCAUUGUUUUUUGGAAAAGAAAUCAUUGUAACAAAGACACGUCAUAAAAAAUAAAGGGGACCAACAAAAAUUUAGAAGUUAUAGAAAAAAUAGAAAAUAAAAAAUCUAAUCUUAUUAAAGGAGUGAUUCAAAGUUAAUUCUGAUCAAAAUACAAAGAAUUAAAAGUGCCAUCAUAUUGAAAGUCUUUCAUAACUCAAACGCAUUGCGAAAGUUUUUGGAAUCGUUUUGUUGAAAGUAACUUGUUGAAAAAGCACAUUUGGAAGUCUGGAAAAACAAAUUGUCAAAGAGGAAAUCGAUUAUCCAGUUUGGGGAAAUCGAUUUCUGGAAGCUUGUUCAAUUUUUUUGCUUUUUAAGUUGGGGAAAUCGAUUACCCCUGUUUGCUUUUUUUGCUUUUUAUCGUGUUAAUGGUUCUGAUGGCGUUUG